AUAUUUAAUUUGUGUAGCACUGUGCCAUCAUUCCAGUGACUACUUUUUCAUAUAUAAUUUGUGUAUCACCGUGACAUCCUUUCGGUGACUACCUUUUUUUUGCAUAUCUGAUUUGCGUAGCACCGUGCAUCUCUCCGGACUACUUUUCAUAUUUAAUUUGUGUAGUACCGUGGAUUUUUCCAAACUAUUUGAUCCUGAGAGGGGUGCAGAAGCUCCUAAUUUUCUUAACCGGAAAUCUCUUUAUCCCUUUGAAGUCUUCAGGAGGCUCAAAAUCUAUUGGAAGCUUUGAGAACUAUUGUGAUUCUUAUACAGUUGUUUGCAGGAAGUUAUUUGACUCUUGCAUGCAAAGUAUCUGGAAUGCUGUCUUCUAUGACCAUGUUUCAGAGUAUUCAUCUGCGUGGAGGAAGAGAAAACAAUGGUCACCUCCUUGUCUGAUGAUUGAAUCGAACAUUCAAGCAAUCUCAUAUGCUAAUUGCACCACAAAGCUUUCUACUGAAGUUUUGCAAGUGGAGGAAGAAUCCUUUCCCCCAGGGUUUGAGAAAAAGAAUGUGACAGUGGAUUUGCCUUCAGUUUCAUCAUCAAAAGAUUGCACCGUGGAGCGUUCUACUGAAGUUUUGCAAGUGGAGGAAGAAUCUUUUGGCUGUGAUCCUGAUUACCCCCCAGGGUUUGAGGAGAAGAACAUGACAGCAGAUAAUCCUUCAGUUCCGUCAUCAAAAGAUUGCACCGCAGAGCUCUCUACUGAAGUUUUGCAAGUGGAGCAAGAAUCUUUUGGCUGUGAUCUUGAUUUCCCCCCAGGGUUUGAGGAGAAGAACUUGACAGCGGAUUUGCCUUCAGUUUUGUCAUCAAAAGAUUGCACCGUGGAGCUCUCUACUGAAGUUUUGCAAGUGGAGCAAGAAUCUUUCGGCUGUGAUCUUGAUUUCCCUCCAGGGUUUGAGGAGAAGAAUAUGACAGUGGAUUUGCCUUCAGUUUCAUCACCUUUUAAUGAUGAAAAGGUGUUGUCGAGAUCCAGUCAUGCAACGGACCCUGAAGCUAAUGAUCGUAUGCAACCUAUCCUUGAGAGUGUAUUGGAUGAACUCCACUUGUCUACAAAGAUGUCCUUAGAAGAGUAUUUCACUAGCCUUUUGCAUGAAGAGGUGAUGGGAAAAGUUGAUUCGCUUAAAGAUGGCAUGAUAAUCAAGGUUGCUGAGGACCCAAAUAUUUUUAAUGGCGUUGCAAGUCAAAAUGAUUUUUCUGAGGCCAUUUUGGUGUCAGAAAACUUGGCUCAUGUUGAUAUUCAGAAUACUUCCUCGCGCAAAAAGUCAUUGCACCAGAACUCUAUUGAUCCAUAUGUGAUUUCUGUGUCAGAUUGGUUUUCAAGUGCAUUUCAGAAGUCUGCCGAUUUAGACAAUGCCUCCAGUAAUGGAACGACUGAUGAGCUGCAACCACCCGAUUGCGAAGCUGUUCCUGUACAAACUUCUAAAGUUAGACUUGCUAGGUCUGAUGAUUCUAUUUUGAGAAUAAUAUGGUAUGUGACCCUGUCAAAUUGCCGGGAGAGGGUACAUGAGAAAGCACUGAGAGAGUUGAAUACCAAAUUGUUGUAUCUUGCUUCAUCUAUUCUUCGGGUUCAGUUAAUUUCGGGGAUAUGGAGGUAAUCGAGAUGAAAGAGAUAAGAGUAUGGUGAAUUUCUAGCAGCAAAGGUGAAUUUUCUAUGAGUUCUUGUGACAAGAAUUCACAAGGGACGUGAAAAUAUCGGAGAAUGGCUAGAAAAAUAUAUCUAGAAAAGCAUGAGAAGGAUGACCAAGGAACCAGGAUUUUGGGGAAAUUUUCUUGGAGCUGAAGGAAAGAACCAUGAAGCUAAAUAACAUAGUCAAAGAGGCCCUAAAUCCACUGUACCUUAACAACAUUCACAUACAAGCCGAUCAAUGGCUACAGGAUUUUCAACGCACUAUUGAUGCUUGGCAGUUCACUAAUAUGUGCAUUGGGGUUGCUACUUAUUGUGUGUGAUGAGCAUUGAGGCUCGAAAAGAAAGAGAGGCAACGGAGGCAUGUAAAUUCUUCUAUAACUAUGUUAUUCCUCAUAACACUUCUCAGCUCUGAUGUUGAAUCUUUAAUCUGUGCUUUAUAGUAUCUGGAAAGAGGAGAGUGCAAGUAUGAUAGCAAGGCCUUAAAACGUCUUCACAGUGAGCCACUAUUGAAUUUUGAUUGCAUCUCUUUAUGGGAAUGGAAACAACACAGGUUAUAUAAGAAAGUUAACGGGAAGUAAGGUAGCUGGUAAACAGAAGAAGUUUCCUUUCUCGCUAUGUUUUCUUCUCUCUUUCAGAAGAGGAGAAGACUGCUCGUGCAGUUUUAACUAGAGUGAAUAGUGUUUACAUCCAAUCCUGACAAGGUGAAUAAUAAGUAUUUUCUUGAGCCUGCUUCUUUGGAAAAGAUAGUCUGGUAAGGACUUUGGUUCAUUUAUUUCCAGCUAGGGUCUUUACCAAGAUACAAUUACCAAUGCACUAAAUUUUAUAUCCCAGAGGAUACAAUUUCAAAAUGGAUAAGGCUACGUAUAAUAUUUGUCAUAAAGUGUGGAAAAUUCCUGAAAUCAUGGGUUCUGGAGAAGUUCUGCGUUGCCUCAACAUUGUUUGAGUUCUUCAUUUCUGUGAAGAAUUGAAAAGGUUCUACAAUAACUUUAGCAUGUCCAAAAGUAAGUCAUUGUGAAGUACUCCAAGAAAUAGGUGACUGGUGAAUAAAAGAAGAUUCAGGCAAAGACUAUUGAUCUAUGUCUAAAAUGUUUGAUUAUGGAAUUGUCUUGUGCACUUAAAUAUUACUAAUUAUGCAUAUAUUCACUUGGAUAUUGUCGGUUUAAACUUUAGUAUGUAUUAGUGUUGAUUUUAUCUGUCUUGAUGUAAGAAUAAAUCAAUAUUAUUUAAAGAUAGUAUAUGAGUUUAUCCUUUUUGCA